CGGACAUGUUAUCGAUACUAUCGAUACCACUGACUAUCAGCUGUUGCGCUGAAAAUAAAUAAACAAAUAAAAUAAAAUGGCAUUUUGUGUUGCAGUUAUUGGCAAAGAUAAUGCCCCGAUGUACCUGACCACAUCCGAUAUGGAGCAGGAGCUGGACCUGCAGUACCAUGUACACGCAGCUCUCGACGUGGUGGAGGAGAAGUGUCUGAUUGGAAAGGGAGCGCCCGAGUCCAAGGAACUCUACCUGGGACUUUUAUACUCCACAGAGAAUCAUAAAAUCUAUGGCUUCGUCACCAAUUCCAGGGUGAAAUUCAUAGUGGUCAUUGAUUCCAGCAACGUUGCUCUGCGCGAGAACGAAGUACGGACGAUCUUUCGCAACCUGCAUAUCCUCUACACAGAUGCCAUCUGCAAUCCGUUUUACAUUCCGGGCGAGUCCCUGACAUCCAAGUGAAAAAUUCGAUCGUGCCGUGCAAAAAUUAAUGAGCGGCAACGCAUAGCUUUAGAUUAGAACAAAACGGGCAAUAAAGUAAAUUAUUUAUAAUCAAA